UUAGCAAGGCCUGCUGCCCCUGGAGCGGCUUCCCUUUAUAGCACCAUUGAAUCCGAGUCCGAGCACAAGUCCUGUGAAUCUUGUGGCCUCAUUCUGAACAAAAGGGAUUAGGGAAGAGAAAUCUCUUGAUGUAAGGCUUGUAAGCAAGGGCAGGCAAUCUCGGUUGUGAAUAUUUUCUGAUUUUUCCAGAAAUCAAGCAGAAGAUUGAGCUGCUGAUGUCAGUUAACUCUGAGAAGUCGUCCUCUUCAGAAAGUCUCUGCUAGGCAAUGGAACAGUCACUGCAUUCAGUAAUGGUUCAUGCCUGCAGGCCGGAGCCUCAACAGAAAGCUCCUUUAGUUCCUCCUCCUCCACCGCCACCACCACCACCACCACUGCCAGACCCUGCGCCCCCAGAGCCUGAGGAGGAGAUUCUGGGGUCAGAUGAUGAGGAGCAGGAGGACCCCGCAGAUUACUGCAAAGGUGGCUAUCAUCCAGUGAAAAUUGGAGAUCUCUUCAAUGGCCGCUAUCAUGUCAUUAGGAAGCUAGGAUGGGGGCACUUUUCUACUGUCUGGCUGUGCUGGGAUAUGCAAGGGAAAAGAUUUGUUGCAAUGAAAGUUGUAAAAAGUGCCCAGCAUUAUACAGAGACAGCCUUGGAUGAAAUUAAACUGCUAAAAUGUGUUCGAGAAAGUGACCCCAGUGACCCCAACAAAGACAUGGUAGUCCAGCUAAUCGAUGACUUCAAGAUCUCGGGCAUGAAUGGGAUACAUGUCUGCAUGGUCUUUGAAGUGCUUGGUCACCAUCUCCUCAAAUGGAUCAUCAAGUCCAACUAUCAAGGCCUCCCUGUCCGAUGUGUGAAGAGUAUCAUUCGACAGGUCCUUCAAGGGUUAGAUUAUCUACACAGUAAGUGUAAGAUAAUUCACACCGACAUAAAGCCGGAAAACAUCUUAAUGUGUGUGGAUGAUGCUUAUGUGCGAAGAAUGGCGGCCGAAGCCACCGAAUGGCAGAAAGCAGGUGCUCCUCCUCCUUCUGGGUCUGCAGUGAGUACGGCUCCACAGCAGAAGCCUAUAGGAAAAAUAUCUAAAAACAAAAAGAAAAAGCUGAAAAAGAAACAGAAGAGACAGGCUGAAUUGCUGGAGAAACGCCUCCAGGAGAUUGAGGAAUUGGAGCGAGAAGCUGAAAGGAAAAUCCUAGAGGAGAACAUCCCCUCUGCAGAAGCGUCCAGUGAGCAGGAUGGAGACUUCCAGCCAGAGGCAACGCUGCAAGCAGCCGAGCUGGAGGACACAGCUGAGGAGGAGGUGGCAAAGGACAAUGGUGAAGUUGAAGACCCGGAAGAGAAAGAAGAUGCAGAGAAGGAAAACACCGAGAAGGAUGAAGAUGAUGUUGAACAGGAACUUGCAAACAUAGACCCUACAUGGAUGGAGUCCCCUAAGGCCAACGGCCAUAUUGAAAAUGGCCCAUUUUCACCGGAACAGCAGCUGGAGGAGGAAGAGGAGGAUGAGGAUGACUGUGCGAAUCCCGAGGAGUACCACCUGGAUGAACCGAAUGCAGAGAGUGAUUACACCUAUAGCAGCUCCUAUGAACAAUUCAAUGGUGAAUUGCCAAAUGGACAACAUAAGAGUUCAGAGUUUCCCACACCAUUGUUUUCUGGGCCCUUAGAACCUGUGGCCUGUGGCUCUGUGAUUUCAGAGGGGUCACCACUUACUGAGCAGGAGGAGAGCAGUCCGUCCCAUGACAGAAGCAGGACGGUUUCAGCCUCUAGUACUGGAGAUUUGCCAAAAACUAAAGCCCGGGCAGCUGACCUGUUGGUGAACCCUCUGGACCCACGGAAUGCAGAUAAAAUUAGAGUAAAAAUCGCUGACCUGGGAAAUGCUUGUUGGGUGCAUAAACAUUUCACAGAGGAUAUCCAGACACGUCAGUAUAGGUCCAUAGAGGUUUUGAUAGGAGCAGGCUACAGCACACCUGCAGACAUUUGGAGUACAGCAUGCAUGGCUUUUGAGCUGGCUACUGGAGACUAUUUGUUCGAACCGCAUUCUGGGGAAGAUUAUUCCAGAGAUGAAGACCACAUAGCCCACAUCAUAGAGCUGCUAGGCAGUAUCCCAAGGCACUUUGCUCUGUCUGGAAAAUAUUCUCGGGAAUUCUUCAAUCGCAGAGAUCACAUAGCAUUGAUCAUUGAACUGCUGGGGAAAGUCCCUCGAAAAUACGCUAUGUUGGGGAAAUAUUCCAAGGAGUUUUUCACCAGAAAAGGAGAACUGCGGCACAUCACCAAGCUGAAGCCCUGGAGCCUCUUUGAUGUACUUGUGGAAAAGUAUGGCUGGCCCCACGAAGACGCGGCACAGUUUACAGAUUUCCUGAUCCCAAUGUUAGAGAUGGUUCCAGAAAAACGAGCCUCAGCUGGCGAAUGCCUUCGACAUCCGUGGUUGAAUUCUUAGCAGAUUCUACAAAUAUAGCAUUCUGAGCUAGCAAAUUUUUCCCAGUACAUUGGACCUAAACAGUGGCUCUCAUUCUUUAACAGGAUUACAAGGGAGCUGGCUCCACCCUCAGACCUUUGUUUUGCUUUGAGGUACUGUUGUUUGACACUUUGCUUCCUGUGCACCAUGGUCCUGGGGAAGGGUGGUCUUUGUCUUCAGCUAAGUAGUUUACUGGCCAUUUUCUUCUGGAAACAAUAACAUGUCUCUAAGCAUUGUUUCUUGUGUUGUGUGACAUUCAAAUGUCAUUUUUUUUUGAGCGAAAACUACUUUCCCUUUUGUGUUUGGCAGGUUCUGUAACUAUUUAUGAAGACAUUUUAGCUGAGUAUUAUAUAAUUUACAAUCUUAAGAAAUUAUAAGUUGGAACCAAGAAAUAGCAAGGAAAUGUACAAUUUUAUCUUCAGGCAAAGGGAAAUCAUUCCUGUAUUAUAGUGUAUGUAACUAUUAAUUUGCAUAAAUAGGGGGUGAGGAUUCACAUGCAGAAAAGCUGCCCAGUCCUGAGUGCUUUUUAGCCUACAUUGCAUGCUGCAGAUUUCCACUGCUUCAAAAAGCUGUGCAAACUUUUCAUUCCAUGGCAGCCCAAGUGGUUCUGGAUUAGAUGCCAUGCCCUCUGUGGCACUUUAAAGGGGGAAAAACGUUAAAAAUUUGACACUGGAAUCUAGCAGUUCCAUUUGUAUUUUGAAUAUUUUUUAAAACUCUGUUAAAAGUAUCAAUCAUUUCCACUUAAAAUGUGAUGGCCCAACCCAUGUAGUGACGCCUCUCACCAGCACUCUAAGUUAAAUAGGUAAAGUGGACAGAGAAAUUUGUUCAGUGUGUGGAAUGAAAAAAAUAAUAUAUUUUUGGAAAAGCAUGAUCGUGUUUGUUUAAAACACAAGGUGUGGCUUAUACAGUUUGCAACGCAGCGGACAGAGCACUCCUCCCAGCUUAAAGGUAACAGCGACCUUGCACGCUGAGCACACGCCUCCCAGCGGAAAGGUAACUGAACCAUGCCCGCUCUGUAGGCAGCUUCUCCUACUACAGCAGCUUCCCUUGCUAGCCUUUUCGGUACUCCCCAUGAAUGAGAAGGUCAGUUCCCCUUUGUAGACCGCAUACAGUUUUAGUUUAUGCAUUUCCUUAAAAUUAACUGUAGAAUCCAGGAUACAAACCAUUAUUAGUAGGCAAUACUAUUUUAGAAUGUAACAUAGGAGGUGUAUUUAGCCUCUUUUAGAAGUCAGUGGAUUGAAUGUCUUUUUUUAAAAAAUUUUUAUUCAUUAAGGUGCCUCGUUUUUCUUGACUUUGUCCAUUAACAUUUAUUCAUAUGCCUUUGCAAUAAUUAGAUUGUGAAAAGCUAACAAGUGUUGUAACAAUAAUCCUUUGUUUGGGGUGCUUGCACUUGUCUUAAGAAUUAAAGUGUUUUGGGGUGUUUUUCCAGA